AUGACUGGAUACGGCAUAUAUCUUCUUUCAGCUAAUGAUUAUGCAGAAACAUUCUCAGAAUUGGCCUAUGCAUUGGUUGGUUCUGGUAUUCUUGCAAUAGUUGCGUUUUUAUUGGGACUUACCACUUGGUACAAGACGUAUUUCACCACCGCCUACAUUGUUAGGACUUCGAGUUCCACCACUUAUUCCACGCGGUAUAUUGUUUUGCUUGUUGCAGUAACUAUUGCCGGAACUGUGCUUGGAAGCCUAACAAUUAUUAAUCUCGAUCACAUUGAGGUUGGUGCUAUCACUCUUGGAUUUGGAAGCAUUGGAUUACUAUCGCUUCUAACUGUGCUAUUCAUAAGUAAAAAGCGCAAGUAUUAG